ACAGCUCGAUCGCAGGGAGUACGUAGCAAAUGGCGGCCGUCGGCCUGUUAGUACUACUCCUGGUGGUGGGCGGGUGGGUGGCGGCGCAAGAAGCAGGUGAUGCCCCGGCGAGCAUCGUGGGGCCAUGCUCGCGUACAGGAGACAAGAAGGCGUGCGUGGAGUUGUUGUCGGGCAUCCCGGAGGCCCGGAAGGCGACGACGGUGGGCCCUCUCGCGGAGCUGUACCUGCGGGCAAUCGCCAACCAGACGACGGAGGCCAAGGCGAUGGCUACCAAGCUGCUAGCCACCAUGAAGGGGAAGGGCGUGCCACCCGUGUGCCUCCAGCAGUGCACCGCCAGCGUCGACACCCUCUCCAACGCCCUCGCCGCCUUCUUCUCUGCCUCCGCCGACGUCAACAAAAAGUACAGGGACUUGGACGGUUUUCUCGUGGGCUUUCUUAAACAACCGCCCAUCUGCAUGAGCGCGUGCCCCAUCCGGUCGUGCGAUAUGGAAGAGGUCACUAUCGCCGACAAGUUCCACCAAGCCUGGAAGAUGUUGGGUGUCGCACACGACCUCAUCACGCAGAUCCUAGGCACAAAGUCCUAGAUACAUUAAGGGGCGGAUCCAUAACAAGAUUUAAGGGGAGGACUCGUGAUCUCUUUCUUCCUUGUUCAGUCCUCUCUACUUUUCAUUUUCUCUCUAUUUUUCCCCCUUUCAUUUCCCCUUCUACCAAUGGUGGUCCAGCGGGAUAGGGGGGACUCGAGUCCCCCUAGCACCCACGUUGGAUCCGCCCCUGGAUACAUUCUAUAUGUUGGACAUUUUGAUUUGCCAUCCUACUACCAGAAUUUACCUAUCAAAUAAAUCUUUCUAGGUUAGCAACCCAAAUACUUCCUUACAACUGUUUUUUUAUUUAUUUUGACGGGUGCGCAUGUGUCUGUUCCCACCUCCAAUCGAGGAAUAGGAAUUUUUAUCAUACCAGUGUGGGUAUUAUUGUUAUAUACUCCUAUGUUGUUGAAAUAACUGAGAUCGUUAUUUUUAAGAUGUGCACAUUGUAACUAUUUCUAUGGGGAGAAUGAUUUCUAUAUAUUGACUUGCACUAAUAAUAUGUAGCGGCUUUUGAUUCUCU